GCCGCUGUUCUGCCCCAAAGGGGCGUCCGCUGGGUCCCUGCGCCGCCGUCGAGCCCGGACAAGGACGCAGCAGAGAGGCGCGGUCGCCCGCCCCGUCCAGCCGCCGUGCGCAGGCACUGCAAAGUCAGCGUUGAAGGGACUUCAUCCAAUCCCUCAGCCCCCCCACACAGGGACCAGUCUGGAGUCCCUCCCCUGCUCCCAUUCAAAUUUCCUUCUGUCAAAAACUCACUUCCGAUCUAGACCUUACUCACCUCCUUCCUGUUUCCUAAGACUUCUUCCUGUAGUCUCCAGACUGAGCCUUACAUCUUUGUUUUAUCCUGCGCCAGACACCUCCUUUUCCAGAACCUUCUCCAUACUGGUUAUCUUACUUACCUGGGGUCCUAAGAAAUGCCAGCACUCCCACCCGCAUUGCCUGGACUUUCCAACACUCCCUGACUGCCCUGUGUGUCCUGUCUCAACACUGUCCCAUGUAUUUCCUGUGUCUUCUAGAACAUUCCCCCACCAUUAUUCCUUCAAUACUACGGCAGUUAGGAACGUACUUCCUAACUGCCCUGCAAACAUCUCUUUCUUGCUGUUGCCCAGUGAUGCUCUCGUCUUCUCCAUAAACACUCCCCAAGACCAAUUUUUGUGUCACCCCCAUACUCCCUCAUUGACACCCUGAUUGACUCUAUACAUAACCUCCUUGACAAACCUCUUUAUUCAUCUCACCAUCGUCCUGAGUUCCCUCCGGUCAUAACGCCAUCCCUCCUCCAGCUUUUCCCUCUCAAGCUCUGCCCUUCCCGGCUCAGCCUAUCUGACCUCACCUCUCUUCCCUGCCAUGUUCCCCUGAGCCUCCAAGGAAGGGGCUCAGGGGGCCCCAUGGCCUCCCGCUCCCCGUGGCCCCACAGCCCCCGUGGGCCAGGGGAAGUGCCCCAGAAGCCGAAGUGCCCACAAUGGGCAACCAGACGUGGGAGGGCUGCCACGUGGACUCGCGCGUGGACCACCUCUUCCCGCCAUCCCUCUACAUCUUCGUCAUCGGCGUGGGGCUGCCCACCAACUGCCUGGCUCUGUGGGCGGCCUACCGCCAGGUGCAGCAGCGCAACGAGCUGGGCGUGUACCUGAUGAACCUCAGCAUCGCCGACCUGCUGUACAUCUGCACGCUGCCGCUGUGGGUCGACUACUUCCUGCACCACGACAACUGGAUCCACGGCCCCGGGUCCUGCAAGCUCUUCGGCUUCAUCUUCUACACCAACAUCUACAUCAGCAUCGCCUUCCUGUGCUGCAUCUCGGUGGACCGCUACCUGGCCGUGGCGCACCCACUGCGCUUCGCCCGCCUGCGCCGCGUCAAGACGGCCGUGGCCGUGAGCUCCGUGGUCUGGGCCACCGAGCUGGGCGCCAACUCGGCGCCCCUGUUCCAUGACGAGCUCUUCCGAGACCGCUACAACCACACCUUCUGCUUUGAGAAGUUCCCCAUGGAGGGCUGGGUGGCCUGGAUGAACCUCUACCGGGUCUUCGUGGGGUUCCUCUUUCCGUGGGCGCUCAUGCUGCUGUCGUACCGGGGCAUCCUGCGGGCCGUGCGGGGCAGCGUGUCCACCGAGCGCCAGGAGAAGGCCAAGAUCAAGCGGCUGGCCCUCAGCCUCAUCGCCAUCGUGCUGGUCUGCUUCGCGCCCUAUCACGUGCUGCUGCUGUCCCGCAGCGCCAUCUAUCUGGGCCGCCCCUGGGACUGUGGCUUUGAGGAGCGUGUCUUUUCUGCCUACCACAGCUCGCUGGCUUUCACCAGCCUCAACUGUGUGGCGGACCCCAUCCUCUACUGCCUGGUCAACGAGGGCGCCCGCAGCGACGUGGCCAAGGCUCUGCACAACCUGCUCCGCUUUCUGGCCAGCGACAAGCCCCAGGAGAUGGCCAAUGCGUCGCUCACCCUGGAGACCCCACUCACCUCCAAGAGGAACAGCACAGCCAAGGCCAUGGCUGGCAGCUGGGCGGCCACUCCGCCCUCCCAGGGGGACCAGGUGCAGCUGAAGACGCUGCCGCCAGCACAGUGAACCCCGCCUGGCACAGAAGCCCCGGUCCUCCACUCUCAUCCCACAGUCCCUUCUCUUCUGGUCUGGUGUAUGCAAAUUGAAUGAAAACCAGCUAUGUUAAUAUUCAUAAGAAUACCAGAACGUAGGAAGAGUGAGGUUGGUAUAUCACUGGUCAACCUUCAUGGUCCCAGAUCCCAUCAGUUUGGUGGUCAGGGAGGGCCUCCUGGAGGAGGAGAUGAGUAAAUAUUUAUUUUGGCGACAUGGUCUCGCUGUGUCGCCCAGGCUGGAGGGCAGCAGUGCAAUCGUGGCUCACUGCAGCCUCCACCUCCUGAGCUCCAGCAAUCCUCCCACAUCAGCCUCCCGAGUAGCUGGGACCACCAGUACAUGCCACCAUGGCUGGCUAAUUUUUGUACUUCUUGUAGAGAUGGAGUCUCACUAUGUUUCCCAGGCUGGUCUUAAACUCCUGGGCUCAAGAGAUCCUCCUGCCUCAGCCUCCCAAAGUACAGAUGUGAGCCAUCAUGCCCGGCCAGAUAAAUUAAGUCAAAUAUUUGGUCUCCAGAAAAUAAAGACAAAUAGAGAAGGUUAGAUUUGUUUUUUUUCCAACAAGUGGAUAAAAGUCUGUGACUCAGGGGGAAAGAGAAGUGCAGGAAACAGAGGCAUGUUUGCAAAGCCCCUGGUCAUACAGGGGAGGGAACAUAAGACCGCAAUUCUAAGUUUUUCUAGAUCAACAGCGAUCUCCAAGUCAGGUCUGAGGAUGAAGAGGGAGAAUGUCAGAAUCUGAGUCCAGGGCAAUCAGGGCAGAUGGCCUGGUGGAAUGAUGUGGGAAGGUUUGGGAGGAAGGUUUGGGACAAGAGGAAAGGGUAUUUAACCGUCAUUCAACAGAGGUUUAUGUAGGGCGUUGUGCUGGUGGCCCUGGGGAUAGAGCAGGGACUGAGACAGGCUGGCCUUGCCUUCACAGGGCUCACCGUACACAAGUAAAUAAAAAAAAGUCAUGGUUGGAAUUGCUAA